AUCGCUGUUAUAUCGAUUAAGAUUAACUUUUUCCAAAGCUUAUCAUCUAUUUUGAGAAAGACAACAUGUAUUGAUAAAAAGAAAAAGGAGACCAUAAACCACUGGUAUAGAUGGAAACUACGAAGAAAACAAUGGACAUUACCACGAUUGAUAGCUUCUAAUUAAAGUUUGGAAAGUGGUUAUGAAUAAUUCCAGCCAAAAGAAUGGAAAUUACAAGCAUAUUACCAGAAGAGUGCCUGUGUCUGAUCAUAUCGUUGACUUCGCCGGAAGAUGCAUGUCGAUCGGCCAUGAUUUCUCACGCUUCCAGAUCGGUUGCAAACCGUGAUGAAGUGUGGGAAAAGUUUCUACCGUCUGAUUGUAGAUCAAUCAUUUCAGGAUCAUCAUCAUCAUCAUUGCUUUCGCUGGGAAAGAAGGAUGUAUAUUUCCAUCUCUGUUUUCAUCCCAUUCUCAUUCAAAAUGGUACCAUGAGCUUUCAGUUGGAGAAAAAGAGUGGAAAAAAAUGCUAUAUGAUGGGGGCAAGAGCACUUUCAAUUAUACAGGGAGAUACACCUGCUCACUGGAUUUGGACAUCUCUACAAGAGUCUAGGUUCCCUGAAAUUGCUGAGCUCAAACAAGUGGGGUGGCUUCAUAUGAGGGGAAAGAUUGAGACCAAAAUUUUAUCUUCCGACACAAACUAUGCAGUAUACUUUGUGUUUAAGCUUAGAAAAGAGCAUACAACCGGGUUUACGCAGAGAUCUGUAGGUUUUCAUGUCCAUGUCGACAAAAUCGAUUUAAGAGAAGUGCGGAUGGUGUCGUUAGACCCUUUAAGAGAUGAGUCUCAAUAUAUUCGAGAGAGAGGAGAUGGGUGGAUGGAGAUUGAAAUGGGUGCUUUUUUCAAUAAUUGUGGGGACGAUGGAAGCGUGGAGUUCAGUAUUUGGGAGGCUCACACUAAUUACGUCAAACAAGGUCUUAUUAUUGAAGGAAUUGAGUUGAAGCCUAAAGAUAUUGCUAGUUAGGGCGUACGUUGAUUUGCUCAAACUAGGAAAAUCUUAUUUUAGUUUGGAAUAUAAAUAUCCUGUUGCUUAAUGUUAAUGUAAGUUGUAAAUGAUCAGCAACGAGAUACAGCCUUUAAAAUUUGUAUAAACUAAUUAUGUCUGCUGCUUGAAUGAUUUUCAUUUCGAAUGUUAAAAA